ACGCAUUAUCACCCUACUCCAAUCGGAUCUCCACCAUAUAUAAAGAUCCAAAGCUCCAGAAUCCAACAUAGCUCCAUCAACUCUCUUUAAACCAACAAAAAUCUAAAAAUGGCUUUCAGAUUAAUCCUCAUCGCUGCAUUCAUUGCAGUAGCACAAGCAGGUAAUUUGUCUGGCUACAAUAUUGCCACAGCAGCAGCAGACUAUGCAGAGGGUAGUGUAGCAUACACCCAAGAAUCAACUCAUAAAGGAUUGGGUGGUCAGAAUUCAGUCUCCAGUUUCAGCAAAGCAGUAGACUCUCCUUAUUCAUCAGUUCGUGUGAACAACAAUCGUAUCAGCAAUGAUGCUUACUUGGCUCAUGCAGUGUCCUAUGCCGCUCCAACAGUGUCUUAUGCUGCAUCAGCACCAGUUUACGCUAAAGCUACAUAUGCUUCACCUUACACCUAUGCUGCACCAUAUGCCUAUGCUGCUCAUGCACCAGUAGUUGCAAAGGCUGCCUACACUUCUCCAACAUACGUUGCAUCAUCUCCAGUUUACGCUAAAGCUGCUUAUGCUGCUCCUGCUGUCACUUACGCUGCACCAGCUCCAGUUUAUGCUAAAGCUGCCUACGCUACUCCAGUGUAUGCUAAGACUGCUUUAGCCGCUCCACUUGUUACCAAGGCUGCCUACGCCGCCCCAGCAGUUACUUAUGCUGCCCAUGCAACUCCAGUUCUUGCUAAAGCAGCUUAUGCCGCUCCAACUUACAGCUAUGCUGCUGCUGCUCCCAUCGUCCAUGCAAGCUUCUCUGGAAUUGGCGCUCACUAUUCGUGGUAAAUCAUUUGAUUGUUUUAAGAUCUUGGACACUUGCCUGAACUACUUUCAUGAAUAUCGCAAUUUGGACCAGAGAAAAGGAUCUCUGAUAAGUGAUAAUACGUAACAAGCUUAUAGUUUAUUGCUUCAAUUUAAGUUCAACUUUUUUAAAUACUUGUGAAUUUAAUUUUUGUAAAUAUUUACAAUUGAUGGUUUGUGUAAAAUUGCUUGAGUGAGUUUGUAAUAAAUAUUAUGAAAAUAA